AUGACCACGACGGCAACGGCGACGAUGAAAGAACAACUGAGAACAUCGACUUCCGAGUUCCAGGAAUCACAGACACAACUCAAGCGACUGAUCAACACCAGGCAGACGCUAGACUCACAACUGAGCGAGAACGAGUCCGUCAAGGAACAGAUCGGAUACCUCAAGCCGGACGAUAAACCGAUCAUCCUCAAGUCGAUCGCUAACGUGCUCGUCAAACAAGACUUGGGAGAGUCCCAGUCGAAUAUCAAUCGAAGGAUCGAGUUCCUCAAACACGAACAAUCAAAAGUCGAUAAAAAGAUCGAAUCCCUUCAAGCCAAUAUGGACAGACUCAGACCCAUCAUCACCGAGCUCACAGCCAAACUACAGCAAGAAGCACCCACCCAACAGCUCGCGCAAACACAUCUUGCCAACCCAGCCACUCCAACGGCAGCAGUCUAA